AUGCAAACGGUACAGCACCUUUCCUACGUUACCGCAUCAUCAACCUUGCAAACAUUUCAAUUCAUCGGUAAACGUCAAUUGCUACUAAUCAUGAAAUUGCGACGCAGUUUGUUACUCAUUGAUAUUGCUAUAUCAUUUAUCAUUGGUGCUUUUCUGUUCUUUACACCUUCACUCAUCGCUUACUUUAUUUUUAUCCACGAAACAGAUGGCGUACAUUGGCACUUACUUCGAUGUAUUGGAGGUCAACGUAUUGGUGCCGGUUUCUUGAUGUAUCGAUUGAGAAAUUCUUCGAUUGAAGCACUCUCAACUUGCUAUCUCGUCCGAAUUCUCGGUUUAAUAUCAGUACUUCUAAUUCUGGUACAUUGUUCAGCAGAAACACCAAAUUUAAUUCAUCCAAAUUAUCUGAAAAUCGCUAAAUAUUGGUGCUAUGUUUGGUUAGCGGUGAAUUUCUGCCUUCAAACAGCUCAUCGAUGGACAUUGGGUGAAGCGGUCAGUACAAAUAUUAUGAGUAAUACUUUGUUCCAAAUGGACAGUCUUGUAUCCGUAAUUAUUGGUGCUGCAUGGCUUGCAUUUCCUGAAUGGUUGCUACAUCGCCAG